CUCCAAACGGAUAAACACACAACAAGAUAUGAGUGUCACAGAUACUUAAUCUUAUCGAUUAGCUUUUUUAGAAACCAGCGAAUUAAUACGAGCCUUAGAGAAGGAAUCGCGUGUUGAGAGAGACUCUCGCUGGGUCGUUCCCAGUUUCACGCGACAUGGUUUCAUCAAUCGAUUGAGCAGGUUUUGAGUACGGAUUUUGUUGUUUUUCUGGUCGAUUUUCCCAUCUACGGCUAAUCUCGAGCUUAGAUUUGAAGUUGGAAGGUUGUUUUUGAGGCCAGAGACCCAUAGAAGGGAGAGGAAGACUGCGUGGUUACUGUUCACGCCGCAGGUGUUUUCUUGGUUACUAUGUUGAUUUCUAUGUUGCUUUGUUGCUCCUGGGUCGAAAUUCUCAUAAUACCAUUUCCGAGCUUCGUUUUGGGUUUAGAAAGAAAUACGCCGGUCAAAAACUAAAGUACGAGAGUUUGAAUCGUUGUUUGUUACUGUAUUCUGUGCUGUUUCUGUCGUUGUUAGCGUUUUGAGUUCCAAGAAGUUUUCUGGUUGUUUCUGCUAUUUCUGGAUUUAGUUGGGCAAACUUUCUAAUUUGGGUUGUCUGCUAUUUCUGGAUUUAGCUGGGCGAUCACACGGGUGUUCGCUGGUUGCUGUUACGAAUACUGGUUUUCGCAGAUGGCUCUGGGUUCCAUUUUCUGUUUUUGAGUUCCCAACAAUUGAAUUUGAGUUUUCCGCACAUUUGCAAUGGGGAGAAACAAAAUGAAUCGUGAUUUCAGGCUUACCAGGUCAAAGGCUGCAAACUUUGACAUCCUGGCAGAUUGUGAUGAAGAAUUCCCUACUUUGGGAAACUCUUUGGCUUGUCCUGGGAGCACUAAAAGUGCUGGACCUGCUGCAAUAUUGACCCCAACACCUGCUAAGGUUACUGGGAAAAAUGCUACCAGUUUGAUGGAAAACCAACUGCCUAAGCAAACUGAAAUCUCUGGGAAGAAGGUGAACCAGGCAGUAGGGGUGAUUUCCUCUUCACAUGAAACUGAGCACCAAACUGUUAAAGAACUGGGAGCUAGGCCUCGGAGUAAUCUGUUUAAGGACAAUAGGAAUCCUGCACAUGGAAUCAAGCUGAGAUAUAUUCCGCCAAAAGGUAAUGAGUUGGACUUUUCUGAUAAUGUUUUGCCAUACAUGGUUGAUAUGUGGGGUCAUUGCCUUGUUGGGUGCUUCACAGAUAGAUUCCCCGGUCUUAAAGCUAUUCAUGAAUUGAGAUCAAAAUGGAAUGUCAACUGUCUGAUAAGAACCCACGAUAAGGUCUGGGUUACCUUCAAAUUUCAAAAUGAAUUGGAUAGGACUAAGGUGCUAAAUGAAGGGCCAUAUACCGUGUUUGGAAAACAACUAAUCCUAAAGGUACUUUCUGAUGACUUCUCAUUUGAGGAUGAGGAGUUUCUCAAAGUGUACCUAUUUGGGUUAAAUUUCCUAAACUACCUUGGAAAUUAUGGAAUGAUGAGGCCAUGAGUGAAGUAGCAUCGAUGGCUGGUAUUCCGCUGACUACAGAUAAGGUAACCCAAGAAAAGAUGAAUCACAACUUUACUAGAGUCCUAAUUGAGGUAGAUAUUUCGAAACCACCACAACUUUCAUUUCCUAUACGUUUAUCUUCCCGUAAGAUAUUCCAACAAGAGGUGGUAUACGAAACAUUCCCCAAUUAUUGUUUCCAUUGCAAGACAUACGGGCACCACCCGUUCAUCUGCAAAAACUGAUCCCACCUAAAGAUGACAAAUCUGCCCAACAAGAUAUUGGGAAAACAAUUUCUACUGCCCAGGAAGCACCUCUGCUGGAACCUGCCGCUGUGUUGGACGCUGGAACUGCGUUGGAAGUUGCUGAUUUGGAUGCUACUGCGGUUGUAGCUACUGCUGCGUUUGAAAGACCCGCAGUUCUUGCUCCACAAGCUGCUACUGCGCUGGAAGUACCCCUCCCGCUGCAACCUGAAACUGAUUUUCAUGUGGAUACUAUUGUAAGGGUGGAGAAAAGUGAGGACAUGCGGGCUGCACCAGUACAGGUCGAACCGGUUGUGCCGGAGUCUACUCCCGAGCCUACCACGCCAUUGCUUGCUGCCAAAGAGAAGAAUGUUGCAAAAAGAAAAAAGUUUCGAAGAAGUAUUGGAUAUAUUAUGGUGGGAGGAAAAUAUACAUCAGGGAAAAAGAAAAAGGAUAAAAAUUAUCGUGACUGGGUUAGAGAUGCAAGACUGCAUGUUUACAUGGAGAUUUGUUUAGUUGAUUUUGUGCGCUGCUACAGUAGCUAUGCCACACAAGGAACACCUGAUUUCUGGGUGGUUUGUUGAUUUGUGAAGAUGCUUUUUGUUAGUCCCUGUUUCUGUAACAGCAAUGAAUAAUCGAUCUAACAAGGAAGAUUAAACGUAAAGAUGAACAAAGAAUGAAUCACCGUAAAACCUUCUUUGAUAAACCGUGGAACGUACAGCAGAAUGAUAUAAGCGUAAGGCUAUGAAUAAUAAGUACGACGUUCAGCCUUUUCCUAAACCUCGGCUCCCUUUUUAUAGGCGAGGUUUAGGUUAGGCGUUCCAGGCUUUUGGCCUGUUUAAAUGGGCCUAACACUUGGCCUGAUUUCUAUCUAAUUUAUGCACUAUUUAAAUACAAGGAUUAAAUAUAAAGCUAAUCUAUGACCAACUUGAUUCACAAUUAAAUAUCUCCAACAAUCUCACCCUUUGUGAU